AUGGCUAGGCUAUUGGCUUACUGUACAGCCGGUCCUCUACUUGGUCCCAGAAGACAUGUUCAGUCCGAAGAAUACAGAAAACCAAGAAGGUCUGUGAAGAUGAUGUGCAGUUUGCAAGCACCUGUUCUGAGAAUCCAGAGCUUCACAGGGCUAAGAGCUUCCAGUGCGUUGGAUUUUACGGCAAGGCCUAGUCAAGGUUUCGUUUCUGUGGUCAACCGUUCGAUCUCAUCGAGGAAAGGGAGAGCUAGCCGAUGUGUAACAAAGGCCAUGUUUGAGAAGUUCACCGAGAAAGCAAUCAAGGUGAUAAUGCUGUCUCAAGAGGAAGCUCGGAGACUUGGCCAUAACUUUGUUGGGACUGAGCAAAUACUGUUGGGUCUAAUUGGGGAAGGCACUGGAAUCGCUGCAAAGGUUCUUAAGUCCAUGGGGAUCAAUCUUAAAGACUCUCGUGUAGAGGUGGAGAAGAUCAUUGGAAGAGGCAGUGGAUUUGUGGCAGUGGAGAUCCCGUUUACUCCUCGUGCAAAGCGAGUCCUUGAGUUGUCACUAGAGGAAGCUCGAUCACUAGGGCACAACUACAUUGGGACAGAGCAUCUUGUGCUUGGUCUUCUUCGUGAAGGGGAAGGAGUUGCAGCUCGUGUCUUGGAGAAUAUGGGUGUAGAUCCUGUUAACAUCCGGACGCAGGUCAUUCGUAUGGUUGGAGAAAACAAUGAAGUGACAGCAAACGUUGGUGGAGGAACCAGCGGGAACAACAGCAAAAUGCCAACACUAGAAGAAUAUGGGACAAACUUAACUAAACUAGCAGAGGAGGGUAAACUUGAUCCAGUAGUUGGAAGGCAGCCACAGAUAGAAAGAGUAGUUCAGAUCUUGGCUCGAAGAACCAAGAACAAUCCUUGUCUUAUUGGCGAGCCUGGUGUUGGUAAGACUGCAAUUGCUGAAGGACUCGCUCAGAGAAUUGCCAGCGGUGAUGUUCCUGAAACCAUUGAGGGGAAGACGGUUAUAACCCUUGAUAUGGGUCUUCUAGUGGCUGGAACGAAGUAUCGUGGAGAAUUUGAGGAGAGACUGAAGAAGCUUAUGGAGGAGAUCAGGCAAAGUGAUGACAUCAUUUUGUUUAUCGAUGAGGUGCACACUCUGAUCGGUGCAGGAGCAGCAGAAGGUGCGAUCGAUGCUGCUAACAUCUUAAAGCCAGCUCUUGCAAGAGGUGAAUUGCAGUGUAUUGGUGCAACGACCUUAGAUGAAUAUAGGAAACACAUCGAGAAAGAUCCUGCACUGGAAAGACGUUUUCAGCCUGUGAAAGUACCUGAACCGACAGUAGACGAAUGUAUACAGAUCUUACAUGGUCUCCGUGAGCGGUACGAGAUCCACCACAAGCUUCGGUACACGGACGAAGCUUUGGUUGCUGCUGCACAGUUGUCACACCAAUACAUCAGUGAUCGGUUUCUUCCCGAUAAGGCCAUCGAUUUGAUUGAUGAAGCUGGAUCUCGGGUUCGGCUACGCCAUGCUCAGAUCCCUGAGGAAGCUAGAGAGCUUGAAAAGCAGCUGAGACAGAUCACCAAAGAGAAGAACGAAGCUGUGCGAGGCCAAGACUUUGAGAAGGCUGGUUCUCUUCGUGACCGUGAAAUAGAGCUCAGGGCCGAGAUUUCUUCUGUGUUGGCAAAAGGCAAAGAACAGAGCAAAGCCGAGGAUGAAGCUGAAGAAGGAGGACCCAUGGUGACGGAAUCUGACAUCCAACACAUUGUCUCCACCUGGACUGGUAUCCCCGUAGAGAAAGUCUCGUCUGAUGAGUCUAGCCGUCUUCUCAAAAUGGAGCAGACCCUUCACACCAGAGUCAUUGGCCAAGACGAAGCCGUCAAAGCCAUUAGCAGAGCCAUCCGUCGUGCACGUGUUGGACUCAAGAACCCGAACCGUCCGAUAGCAAGUUUCAUCUUCUCUGGUCCAACCGGUGUGGGGAAAUCAGAGCUUGCCAAGGCCUUGGCUGCUUACUAUUUCGGUUCGGAAGAAGCAAUGAUCCGUCUCGACAUGAGUGAGUUCAUGGAACGUCACACGGUUUCAAAGCUCAUUGGUUCACCUCCUGGUUACGUGGGGUACACAGAAGGAGGUCAGUUAACCGAGGCGGUUCGACGCAGGCCUUACACGCUCGUCUUGUUCGAUGAAAUCGAGAAAGCACAUCCGGAUGUUUUCAACAUGAUGCUUCAGAUACUAGAAGAUGGGAGACUAACUGACAGCAAAGGAAGAACGGUGGAUUUCAAGAACACGCUUCUGAUCAUGACUUCAAACGUAGGAAGCAGUGUGAUCGAAAAGGGUGGCAGAAGAAUCGGGUUUGAUCUUGACUACGACGAGAAAGACAGCAGCUACAACAGAAUCAAGAGCUUGGUGACUGAGGAGCUAAAACAGUAUUUCAGACCGGAGUUCUUGAACAGGCUAGAUGAGAUGAUUGUGUUCAGGCAGUUGACGAAGCUGGAAGUGAAGGAGAUCGCUGAUAUUAUGCUGAGAGAAGUGGUGGUGAGGCUGAAGGACAAGGAGAUUGAGCUUCAAGUGACAGAGAGAUUUAAGGAGAGAGUUGUUGAUGAAGGAUUUGAUCCGAGUUAUGGAGCGAGGCCGCUGAGACGAGCGAUUAUGAGGCUUUUGGAAGAUAGCAUGGCUGAGAAGAUGCUCUCGAGGGAAAUUAAAGAUGGAGACUCUGUGAUUGUUGAUGUUGAUGCUGAAGGAAGUGUGGUUGUGUUGAAUGGUAACAGUGGAAGUCGUGAUGGUUUUAUUGCUGAAGAAGGCUUCUUGGAAGAAGAUCCAAUUCCUGUCUUGUAG